AUGCAGCUGCCACCCUUUGACAUGUGGAAGGACUACUUCAACCUGAGCCAGGUGGUGCUGGCACUGAUCCAGAGUCGGGGGCAAGGGCUGGAGACCCAAGGGACUGGGGAGCCGAGACCCGGGCCCCAUGUGGAGCAGGAUCAGGGGCAGGGAGAACGGGGCACCGGCGGGGGCCUGGCCACCCUGUGCAACUUUUGCAAACACAAUGGAGAGUCUCGCCACGUGUACUCCUCACACCAGCUGAAGACCCCGGAGGGCGUGGUGGUGUGUCCCAUCCUGCGGCAUUAUGUGUGUCCCCUGUGCGGGGCCACCGGGGACCAGGCCCACACUCUCAAGUACUGCCCGCUCAACGGGGGGCAGCAGUCUCUCUAUCGCCGCAGUGGGCGCAACUCAGCCGGCCGCAAGGUCAAGCGCUGA